AGAGCUUUUAUUUUGAUGGACCACAAUCUGACGUCACCGCAACUAGGAAGCGCCGGUUUCACAAGGACAGUAGCGGCUGCUCUCCUGGCUGGCAUGGCGGCUCCGGCGCUGCUCCGGUCUUUAAGGACCCUCAGACCCCCAGCUCUGGCCGCAGUCUCCGGCAGACUCCCGGCUCCAGACUCCGUCCUCCCGCCGGCCUCCUGUGCUCCGUCCCCGGUGUGGAGGACUCUUCUGGUCCGCACGCUGCUGCUGAGCGCCGCCUCAUGCGCAGGACACAACAAGUGGUCGAAGGUGAAGAACAUCAAGGGUCCCAAAGAUGAGGCGAGGGGGAAGAUGAUCAUGAAGUUUGGGAUGAUGAUAAGAAUAGCUGUGAAAGAAGGUGGAUCCAACCCAGACCUGAACCUACACUUGGCUCAGAUAUUGGAGCAGUGCAGGAGCAAGAACAUGCCCAAAGCUUCAGUAGAUGCUGCAAUCAAGAGUGCAGAAAAGGCCAAACCAGCGACCCAGCACAUGUUCGAGGCUCGGGGGCCUGGUGGGUGUUCGCUGCUCAUCGAGGUCCUGACUGACAACAACUCACGCACCCACCAGGAAGUCAAGCGCCUGUUAACCAAGAACGGAGGGAUGCUGUCAGAAGGAGCCCGCCACAACUUCAGCAGGAGGGGGGUGGUGCUGGUUUCUGGUCAGAACGUCUCCACAGAGAGAGCUCUGGAACUGGCCAUCGAAGCCGGAGCUGAAGACGUCCUGGAGACCGAGGAUGAGGAGGAGAAGCCGCUACUGCAGUUUAUUUGUGAUAUGACGGAGCUGCAUAAGGUUCGGGUCUCACUGGAAAAGCUGGGGAUGCAGAUUUCAUCGGCUGGGCUGGAGUUCGUUCCCCAUAACCACUCGUCUCUGGACCAGGAGCAGCUGGACGCUGCGUCGACUCUAAUAGAAGCUCUCACUGACUAUCCAGAUGUAGUUCGAGUGUGGGACAACAUCCAGGCUCACAGCUGAGUCCAGUUUCUGGACGGGACACUUGGUGGCCGCAUCUGGAAUAUUUGAUUUCACAGACGAAGGAUUUGUACAUCAGUGGGUGCUGAAACUACUGCAUGCCAUCAAAAAGAACAGACACUACCAGUAUGAACAUAUGAGUGUGUUGGCCAUUUUGAUGCUGUCUGCAGAGGUUCAGUAGCAGCUGGACUGGGAUUCACUGUCAGCACCUCAACUUCAGGAUAUCAGAAAAGAAGUUUUUACAGGCAUGCUUCUCCUGAGUGAAAUAAAUCUGCUGUACAAAGACAAUAUGUCAAGUAUGUCUUUAAAAGAUGUUUAAAACGUGUUCAAAGGUCCCUUUUCACCGAAAAACACCACUGAAAAUGUUCUAUCAAUGUGAAGCUAUGGGUUUAGGACAGAAGCAAUCAUCAUGUGCUAAUAAAGAACUAUUUAAAAUGCAA